GUAAACAGUGUAACACUAAUGUGAACAUGGCUUCAGUAAAAUGCUGUCAAUGACAGAGGACUUCAGACCAACGAUUUACAUAUACACAUCAUUGCUUCAGACACGUGAAAGAAACUAAUAUUUCGUUUUUUUAAACAACAAAUAUGAGGCUUCAUCAGAUACUCCGCAAUGCAGCAAACUUCAGGACGGUCUUUGACUUCGGCGACAGAGAGGUUGCCCACUGGUUCCCCAGACAUAUGGCAAAAGGUCUGAAACAGAUGCAGGCCAGUGUGAAGAAUGUUGACUGCAUCCUAGAAAUCCACGAUGCCAGAAUCCCGUUCUCAGGUAGAAACCCUCUUUUCCAGGAUAGUCUGGACGUCAGACCUCAUCUCCUGGUGCUGAACAAGAUGGACCUGGCUGACCUGUCUGCCAAGCAUAUGAUUUUGAAACAGCUUGAAAGACAUGGAGUGAAGAAGGUCCUGUUCACAGACUGCCUCAGACAGAGAGAUGACAACGUCAAAAAGUUCGAUGUGCCUCGCAGAGUGGAGUACGACAUUCGCAACGGCCACGCAAUGCACCAUGGACUGCAGAGGCAGACAAAUAGAAGAAAUGUGGUGGACCCUCUAUCAAAUGACAAAUUUCUCGAGCUGGUUCCCAUGGUCACAGAAUUAAUCGAGAGCCAGCCACGCUUCCACCGAGAGGAGAACACCAACUUCUGUCUGAUGGUGAUUGGGGUGCCCAACGUUGGGAAGUCAUCGCUCAUCAAUGCUCUGAGGAGAACCAACCUCAAGAAAGGUCGGGGGUCAAAAGUAGGAGGGGAACCAGGCAUUACCAAAGCAGUGUUGACUAGAAUACAGGUGUGUGAGAGACCCAUCAUCCAUCUUCUAGAUACGCCUGGUGUCCUUCCUCCGAAGAUACAGAGUCUGGAGACAGGCAUGAAGCUAGCCCUAUGUGGAACCAUCCUGGACCAUCUAGUAGGAGAAGACAUCAUGGCAGACUACCUACUGUUCUCUCUCAAUAGACUGGAGAAGUACAGUUACGUGGAGAGGUAUGAUCUCAGGGAGCCUAGUGAUGACAUCCAGCAGGUGUUGAAACGUAUCGCUGUCAAACUGGGAAAGACUCAACGAGUUAAAGCCAUCACUGGAGUGGGUAACAUCACCCUCACCGUGCCUAACUACACAGCAGCAGCAUAUGAUUUCAUCAGAGCGUUCAGGAAGGGAGAGCUGGGACUGGUCAUGCUGGACUGACCACUACCACACCACAGACUGACUACAACACAGACUGAUCACGACCACAACACAGAUGAUUGGUCUGGCAGACACACACCGUACUCACAGACUCAGGAGUCUGGUCUCUCACCAUAGACCUCUACCUGACAGAGACCUUGUUGGAAACUGAAGAGUGCAUCCUCUCUACAGUAGACUGGUUUCUAGUCUCUGCAUUCUAGUCUCUCCUCUCUAGUCUCAACCAACACAGAGCAGCUGAUCAGUAAGAAUGCCGACACUGUUGUUUGUACAUAAUCUGUUUAUGUACCUGUUAGUGUAAAUGCACACAGUCAUAAUAAAAUGUAUUUUAUGUACAGUAUCUUGAUUGCACAAGAGUUUUAAAUGGGAUUGUACAGUAACGGGCGAGGGGAAAGUGCUUUGGGUAGCGGGUUAGGGAUAGGGGGUUGAUUUGGGAUUGGGUGUGGCAGUUUGUAGCAUUCGAUUCAUAGAUGGGGUCGAUUACAUUUCAAUUCAUUUGACUCAUUGCUUUUGUCAUUAACAUUUUAGAAAUAAUUGUGUAGCUAGCAGUCGUCACUCAUUCAUAGGAACAGUACAACUAUUGCUGACAGUCAUGGAAAGUCAGUGUCUAAGAACUUAGACGUGUUAAUUAGCCUGCAGGGGCAUUGUCAUAAAUGUUUACCAAUAAAAGCCACAUAUUUAAGUGUAUACAGUUCACAAUGUAUGCUAGCGAUCCAUUUGAUAUAUGACUCUGUCUGCAAAUGAAAAUAUAGCUUAGGUGUAUGAGAGAGAUUCGUAGUUAGUGAAAGUAACUGUUCAAUGAAAAUCCCAUUUUUAAAAGCUCAUUCUGUACACUCUAAAUAAUGAUGUUGACUCACCAAAAACCCCACUUCAAACUUGUAUCUGAAACAGACGGUUUCAAAAAUGCUUGCUAUUUCCUGAUAUUAUGUGACCUCACAUACUUUGGCAAGACGUCUGUUUGGCUUAUUGGCUGAGCUAGAAAAUCAGAUGUUUACUUGUAAUUAAUAUUUAUAAUAACCAGGACAAGCAGGGGUACACAGAAAAACUGCUUUUUAACAUACUUAAAUACCUAUUUCACUCGUAUUGUAAUUCAUUAUUAGGUAAUAUUUCAUUAAAAUCUGGAACACUGGACAGCUAAUGAGACUAAGUGAGAUUUUUCUCACAAAUCAUGUGAUGCUGACUUGUCAAUGCUCCUUUUUAACAAUACAUUUUAGUUCCCACCAAUGUCUGGCCAUCCUGAAUUCUGUCCCCGGCGCUAAAAUAGCUUUGCCUCCCCAGGGCAGGAUAGCAGACCUGUAGAACGAGCCACAAGGCCCCUCUUGUCACAUCUACUCCAGCUCCUCCCCUCUGGCAUUCCAUGUCGACGGUAUACUAACCACCGGACCUGGGAUCCAUCAUUACGCACACCUGGCAUCAAUCAUUCCGCGCACCUGCACGUCAUCAUGAGGCACACCUGGACUCCAUUUUACCUCACUUAUUACCUCCCCAUUAUCUGGCACUCCCUUAGGUUCCCCAGUCAGUAUUGUUUCUGUGUUUAUGCUAAGACGCUACUGUUCUGUUUUCUCGUUUGUUGUUUUAUUAAAUGUUUCACCUACA